UAUCGGGAAAUCAUUUUGUGCAUUAGUUUCAGGAUGGCGACAAUGGCGAACAUGUGGAUACGGUCAGCUCAAAGACUUUCGAAUAUUACUCAAAUUCAUGCGACUAGGCAGGUUUCAAGAAGUGCACACAGGUCAAGAUUUUGGUCAACAACUGCAACAGAUACAAACAGUCAAACAGAUGAUGCACCAAAGACAUCAGAAAAUGCUGAAUCUAAUGAUGCGACUAAAUCAGAGAUUGCACAAAUAGAGUUAAAAUGGAAAGAAGAAAAAUCAAAACUAGAGGAAGAUUUAAAGUCUUUUAAAGACAAAUAUGUACGUUCUUUAGCGGAAACAGAGAAUGUGAGACAAAGGAUGAUCAAACAAAUAGAUGAUGCUAAAGCAUUCGGUAUACAAGGCUUUUGUAAGGAUUUACUGGAGGUGGCCGAUGUGUUAAACAUGGCAGUUGACAAUGUUCCAAAAGACGAAGUACCAAAAAAUGUUCAUUUGAAAAAUUUAUUCGAUGGUUUAACAAUGACAGAAUCACAGUUACAGAAAGCGUUUAACAAGCAUGGCUUGGUGAAAAUCGAACCAAAAGUAGGAGAUAAAUUUGAUCCUUAUGUACAUGAAGCCAUGUAUCAAGUGCCCACAGAGAACAAAGAAUCGAACUCAAAUGUGGCUGCUGUCAAUAAAAUAGGGUACAAAUUGAAAGAAAGAACAAUACGACCAGCAAUUGUAGGAGUAUUUAAAGCAUAGGUCAUGUGAUAUUAUUGUAAAGUGUCAUCAUUGAUAUAUAAAGUCAAACCUUUUUGUAUUGUGUCAUGUAUUUUAAAUAAGAUUUCGUCUACUAUUGGUUAAGGUGAAAUGAGAAAGCAGUAUGUGAGUUUAUAUCUUGUAAUAGAAAUUGAAAUCAUUAAUGAGCCAGGAAAAAGGGGUUGGAUAAGAUGAAAAAUACAUUUGUAUGUCACAAUAACAAGGUUUUAUAUCAGUUCUGAGUUGUUUCAGAAUCACACCAUGCAUAUUUACAUGUACAUUUGUAUUAAAUUACAAACUAGAUCCAAUAGAAAAAUAUUGUUGUAAUCAGCAUGGAUUUAGACAGAUGGUCAGUUUCAGUGCAACGAAAAGAGAGUUCAUUUAUUUCUGACUAAAGUUGCAUUCAUUUACUUUAUUUGGUCUUUGUAAAUAGUUGUCUUAUUGAAGUUAUUGGCAAUCAUACCACAUCUUCUUAUUUUUAUAAAAAUGAUAAACAGGAAAAAAGAAAGUUGAAAUGAAAGAGAAGUAAUUAGUUUCGAUUGCAAAUAUUUUUUCGAAUCCGCUAUAAAAUACAAAUGACUUGAUGUUCAAACAUUUGUUUUAAGAAAAAGUAAACAAUAUAGAUCUCUAUGUGUAUUGAAUAAAUUAUUAUAUUUUACAGCGAUUUCAUUAAGUGUGUAUGCAAAGGUAAUAUCUUUGGUUAGCUUGCUUGUUAGCUGAACCGUGAAGUCAUUAUUUAGUAAGGUAUGCUACCCUCCUUUUGAAGAAGCCUAGUCCUACAGACAGAUAGAGUGGGUUUCUGUCAAUCUAGUCUACUCUUAAAGGACAUUGAAGGAGGGUAGUUUACCUAACCUAAUAAUGACUGCAUGGUUCAUCUAACAAGCUUGCAAGCUAACCAAAUAUAUUACCUUGCCUAAACACUCAAUGAAAUCGGCUGUAAAAUCGAAAAAAAAUAUAAAUUGGUCUUGUUGAGUGACUAACAUAAGUUUUUAGGCUUUAAAAUUGAUUUUUCACAUUGUCUUAAUAACAAUAUUUAUAUGCCCUAACAAUAGUUUAUUAAAAUGAGCAGCUACAGUUGAUUAAAAUAUGAUUUGUUUGUGUACUACAUAAUAUAUAUGCAUGUUGUGAAUAUUUUAAUUUGUAUUGUGUUUACAGAAUACUGAUUUGAAAACUACAGGCUAAAUACAUUAAAGCAUUAUUAUUUAGAA